CGACUUUUUCACAUGAAUCUUGUUUCUGUAAAUUUAUGUUUUGGAGCUAAUUAAUCAUUGAAUAAUGCUAGGGACACCGGUUUUUUGCACCAAAAUUUUUUACCAAACGACAUAGUCAGACGUGAACACGUUUGACAGAAAACACAUCUCCCGUGAAUGGACGGCCGUCCAACAAUUACGGACGACCGUCCAUACUUUAUAGAUGACCGUUCAUCACGAAUAGACGAGCAUCCACAAAAAUAUCAAUGGACCCCCCAUCCAUAUUAUAUGGAUGGGUGUCCAUUUACUAUGGACAGGCGUCCAUAUAAGAUGGAUGCCCGUCCAAAAAAUUUUAAAACCAAAAUGAUUGACGUUCGUCCAUCUAAUACGGACGAGCAUCCAUAUACAAUGGACGGCCAUCCAUAUGCAAUGGACGACCGUCUAUAGUAAUUUAACCCACAUUUGAGAUUUGCUCCAAUAUAAUACGUCAUCUGGAAUGCGUCACCAUUCUUGUGCCACAACACAAGCCAGUGUCUAGAUACAGAGUUCCUCUGGCAGUUAAGAAAGUGUUUCAAAAUGAAUGUAAAUUCAAAACUUAUUUUUAGAGGUCAAAUUAAGCAGAAGGUCCUGUUUUGGCAUUGACUUAGCAAUUAAAUUUCACUAAUAACAAUGACCACACAAAAAGAUAAGAAAUAUGGAGCAAGUGGGUAGCCUUUGUGACAAUAAUGCGUUGAAAUCUGAAGGAAAAGUCCUUGCAAAUGUAUAAACAUAAUGAUGAUGUGGACGGUCGUCCAUUGCAUAUGGACGGCCAUCCAUUGUAUAUGACCGCCCUUCCGUAUUAAAUGGAGGGGUGUCAAUCAUUUUGUUUCUAAAAUUUUCUGGACGGGCGUCCAUAUAAGAUCAUUUUGUUUUUAAAAUUUUCUGGAUGGGCGUCCAUAUUUGUGAUGAACGGUCGUCCAUAAAGUAUGGACGGUUGUCUGUGAUUGUUGGACGAUCGUCCAUUCACGGGAGACGUGUUUUUUGUCCAACGUGUUUGUGUCUGACCGGAAGCCAUGUCGUUCGGUAAAAAAUUUCGGUGCAAAAAAUUGAUGUCCGUAGCAUUAUUGUUAAUCAUUUUUUGCAUAGGAUAAUACAUAGUAUUAUGUUUUUCCACUUCAUUGAGUAGAAUUUUCAAUUUUAUUUAUUUGUUACCCCAUUUUUGGCAUGCUUACAUGUAUCUUUGUUAGCAAUCUGGUUUCAGAAUUCAAGUUUGUACCAUUUUAGCAUGUUUCAUGCCUCCCAUCAUAUUUCACCUGUUCCUGCCACUGAAGAUGAGAUUGAAGCUGAAGCAGCUGCUGUUAGAGCUGUGGCAGAGGGCCUCUGUUCUUUAAAAAUUGUCCUAGACAGGGUGGUUUUAACUUCAACAGGUGUGCUUCUGGGUUGCUGGCAGGUGAUCUCUGGAGCUGAUCCUGUAACUGUUCGUGCUAAACUGAGAACUGCACUUCCACAUGCACCUGAAAAGCAGCUUUAUGAUGCUGCUAUUCUUCACACAUCAUUUGCAAGGCUUCUGGGUCACCCGACGGCUUCAUCCAUGGAGCAUCAAAAUACUUCAGAUCAACUCAAAUUCUUCCAUGAGCUAGUUGCUCGUCUAAACAGCGAGAUUCGUGGAUUUGAGGCAAAGGUGUCUGAGCUCUGGUAUGUGGAAGAAUAUGACUUGCUGGCCCUCGCCUUGGACGGACGAAUGAAGGUUCGCAGGUUCCCACUGGGAUGCUCAAAGCCCUGAAGAUUCCAAACUACAUGCUCAUUUUAAUCAAGAAAGAAAGUUUUCCAACAAUGGCUGCCUCUUCAAUCAUGUAUUAAUAGUGAAAGUUUGCAGUUUACUGAUAAAUUAGUUAUACUCUGUUUUGGGUUGUGCCACUGCCACCUCGUGUAUUAUAAUUUGUCCCUUUCUUUCUUUUCAA